AUGUGCGGGAAUGAAGCCAUCCAUGCAGGUGUGGACGGUCUCGAGAAUCAAAUGCGGAGUCGACGUCACGCGUCGAAUAAUCACGCGGGAGCUCCAGUGGUAGCAGUUGCGGAAAAGGCGAUUUCAAUCCACAAGACCGGAUACCUGAAGAAAAUCAAAACCGGGAAGAGGAGAUAUUUCGUCCUUCAUUCAGGAAGCGCCGAUGGCACUCAACCUCGUCUGGAUUACUUCGAAAACGAGAAAAAAUACAAAUCCGGCGUAGAACCCAAAAAGUCGAUCAACGUUCGAAACUGCUUCAGCAUAAACAAGAAGCACGAUCAUAAAGGACGCAUCGUGCUUGCCCUGUACACCAGGCAAGACUGCUUCGCCCUGCAAUGUGCCGAUACUGAGGAGCAAGACCGUUGGUGGCAAGCGCUCGUUCGACUCCAGCAGGAAGGACACCUGAUUCCGGACCAGCAACCUCGGCCGAAUUUCGAACACAUAUGGGAGGUGAACAUCAAAGACAAAGGCCUGGGGAACCAGAGAGUACCUCUGGGAUCUCACAGACUGUGCCUGACGGCGCGAACUCUGAGCUUAGUGCGUAUGGAACGCGAGUCGUCGAAUAACCAGGGACACGCCAGCUCGUCUGAUGCCGACGGAUCGAACGUCCUCGACUUCCCAUUGAAUUCCAUCCGACGAUGCGGUCAUACAGACUGUUUCUUCUUCAUGGAGCUCGGUCGCAGCAGCAUCACCGGUGCCGGGGAGCUCUGGAUGCAGACGGGCGACACAGUCAUCGCUCAGAAUAUGCACGAAGUUCUUCUAAGCGCUAUGAAGUCGUCCAAGUCAAACGAAGACCUGCAUCGGGAAAGAUCCAGCUCGACCUCGGAAAAUACCAACUCGGUAGCUAUUCCUCGCCUUCCCGGACAAUUCAUGGUCGGAACAGCCUUGGGGAGCUCACCCCAUAGCGGCCAGGGCUCGUCCUUGGGCUCGACGGGUGCAUCUCCGAGAGAUCGAAGCGAUUCGUUGCCGAAUCGUUCGAGGCAAAACUCGGACUUCAACAGCCACCCGAUGCACAGUAGAUGCAAUACUAUGGAUUGCACCCACGUCAUGCAUCCGCAACCUUUCCAUUGGCCUGUUGGCCCGUCGACUUCGCCCAUAGGACAGCUCCACAACCAUUCGUCGGUGGAGAGCUGCACCGAACUCGAGAGCAGUCCUCACCAGCCCGUGCCACGAAAUCAUCUUCACAUCAACGUAACGCAUCCACUCGACCCUCAUACGAUAGCCGAGGAACAGGAAAAUCCGGACUACAUCGCCAUGAACUCACCGUGCGGAGCAGGCGGAUGCGGCGAUCAAACCGAUACAGGUAGCCUGAUUCCAUCGCCAGUCACAUUGACAGAUGGCGGGCCUUCAUCGCACAGCAGUCAUUGUGGCACGGCAAGCUAUUUGCCCCAUCAAAGCUCAACUUCAUCGACCGAGUUCAUGAAGAUGUCUCCUACCCACGACGGCUCAUCAUCUCAUCAAAACAGCAACAAUAACAACAACAACAAUACUGACUCAAGUUAUAUGUCAAUGAGUCCGGUGGGCUCAUCGGCGGCCAGCAUCGAUCUCCUCAACGGCACAGGGACGCUUCCCAAUGGAUAUGUGCCCAUGAUGGCCAUGUCGUCAGUCGCGAAUCUCGGUCUGCACAAGAGCAACAACUCAGAAGCCUCUCCUACAUCUCCACCCGGCUACAUGGAAAUGGCGCCGUUGUCCUCGUCUCUCCCGAAAUCCGUCGGCGGUUUCAACAGCUCUUGGGGCUCGUCGAUUCAUUCCCUCCACGAGACUUCGCCCACCUUCGGUCUUAAUCUGGAGGGUUUCCACUUGGACAAGGUGAAGAGUUUCAUUGCUCCAUCGACCGAUGACGACAACUCCAUCAGGACGGGCAGAUCGUACUCCGUCGGCAAGCGCCCCAAAGAACCUCUUUCAAACACUGAGAGAGUACGAGCGUACAGCGUUGGAUCUCAGGCUUACCCGCCAGCUCUCGCAGCUAAGAAACGUCAGCAACAGCAUCAACAAGACAUUCUGGCCACACCGACAUCGGACCGGGGCCGUUCAAACAGCUACUCGAAGAAGUCGUCGAGUACGAGUACGCUCGGUGGAUCUCGUCACGAAGAAGAGGAGAAAGAUCUCAUGGAGAUCACCUACGAUGAAAAUUGGCACCGGACAACAGCCGCAGCCGCGGCUGCUGGUGCCGCCGCGGCCGCCGUCACAAGUCAUUCUCAUUCACUGCCAUCUGGCGGUAGCACGUCGAUCAACAAUAACAAUAACUACGACAGUGACUACCUUCCCAUGCGGGUCAAUUACAAGGAACCGGAACCUAUGAAGCUAUUCCCAGUCAAUGAAAUCGAUGUCUCUCCGCCUCAAGUCAAGGAUUCUGUCCAGCAGAACGAUUUCUCGACGGUGAUGCUGAGCAAGAAAGUACCCAAUCCCGAUUACAUGGACCUUAGCUGCGGGCCGAUGAGCCCGCCCCAGAGCGUCCCUCAGAUGCCGGCGUCGCGAGCGACCCCAGACAGUGACGGGGAAUAUGUGUCGAUCGAUAUGAGUCGACCUUUCCCGAGUCGUCUAUCGAGCAAUCCCAUCAUCGGGGGCCCAGAACCCAAGAAGAGCAAAUCGGCCUCGACUCUCGACCCAACAACUCCGAUGACGACGCAGCAUAACUACGAAAAUCUCUCAUUCGGAGCUAACGGAGCGACCGUCGAGGCCGUUUCCAGCCAGGAGCCGAUGGACACGGAUUCGAAACCGUCAACAGCGGUCGCCUCCGCGGUCGUACCCUCGGUUUCGAGCGUGUCGAACGGCAGCCACCACGAGCUCAACUAUGCGGCGUUGGAUUUGUCUCCUCCCACUUGUGAAGAGCCCCCAACCUCACGACCUUUGCCCCUUGGUUGCUCGGCCAUGGAGCUGACUACCUCCAACCCCUCUGGAGUCGCCUACAGCGAAGUCGACUUCCGAAAGAGCGAAGGUCUUCGGGGCUCCUUGAUACGUGAAGGACCACGGGUUUAA